UGUAUGGUUUUCAGCGAUCAAAACUUUGUUUACAGUACAUCCUUACGCCAGUCGAAACAGCUGAUCCUUCCAUUAGUGCAGCCUCAUAUCUAUAUAAAGCAUGAUAGCGAACAUUAUCGGCAUUUGUAGUGCAGCGACACUAUUAAUUUCUUAUGCAAAACCGGAAGAGUUAUCGGAUCUGCCACCCGACUGGCGAAAGUUUAUCGACCCAGAAAUACUGAAAGAAUCCAUGGGGAAAAAUUUGCGAAUGAUAUAUAGGAAGGACUUGUAUGAAGGCGAUGUUUUAGGAAUAGAUAAAUCUAGCAACACAAAUAGUAAAUUAAUGCUUCGUGACGUGAUAAGGAAAAGGGAUUCCCUGUGGCCCGGAGGACGCGUACCAUUCAUGAUCAGCAACUCUUUCAAGUUCGAGGAAGAGGCUGCAAUUGUGAACGCAAUGGUAAAUCUUUCGCGCGAGACCGGUCCCGAUUGUAUUACAUUUUACCGACACCGUGAAUCCGACCAAGAGCCUUAUGUUUAUUUUUAUCGAGGAACAGGUUGUCAGUCAUACGUUGGUGUUCAAAGCGCGUCGCGACAGGAUAUUGCACUACACGCGAACUGCUUAGAGGAAAUCGGACUUAUACAACAUGAAAUCAUGCAUGCACUUGGGUUCUAUCAUGAAAUGUCACGGGCAGAUCGAGACGAGCAUAUUACGAUUGUUUGGAAGAAUGUCGACCGAGAGCAAGAAGACAAUUUCAAGCAGUACGGAGGCGACAUGCAAGGGCUGCCAUAUGAUUAUGAGUCAAUCAUGCACUACCACUACAACGCUUUUGCGAAAGAUUACAGCCUGCCUACCAUCCUCCCCAAGGUUGAAAAGGCCCCCAUCGGACAGCGUAAACGAAUGUCACGGCUGGACGUUGAACGUAUUCGGAAAGCCUAUCAAUGCGAUUCACUACCGACUGCACCGAAAGAACCUCUGAAAAACGAUAUGGAUAACGAGCGCCGUGACCCGGCUAGCAUCGGCACACUGACGUCACCUAUCAAACCGGCAACCGAGACACCAACGGAAGCAAUCAAAUCAACUGAGUCACGCGCUUCGACAGUUGCAAUCUCUGCAACUACGGCAACGUCUCUCAGCACCGCAACAACUAGCCCGAAGAAAUCAGUUUUCGAUCAGUUUGGCUUCUUCGUACCCUGGCUUUUUACCACGACCUUUGCCCCUAUCCCGAUGAGCGAAGAAAGUGGCAAGGAAACUGCCUGUGCACACUGCUCCAGCACGACAGCAGCACCGGCUCCAUUUGGGAGUUUCACUUUCCUCCCAUUUCAACCCUUUGUCAAUCCUAAAAUUCCUAUUACUAAUUUCAGUCAACAAUUUUUUCCUUUCGGAGCUCCGGAUAUUGGAUAAAUGCCUUUAAACUGAACGCAAGAAAAUGUAGUUAAUCGAAAUCUAAGGCAGCAUGUCACCGUCAUUAAGUCAGCUGAACCAUAUAUUAACACGCUAUGCGUAGAAAGCGUGUAUUGCGUACGUACGUGCUGUGACGUACGUGUUAUCUGUUCUGUUACGUACGAUUGCUGUUCUUAUCUAACGCAUUUGAUCACUAAUUACAUUGGCGAUUCUCGUUGCAUGUUCAGUGUGUUGAGGAGGUGUUCGAGUCUUGGGCUUGACGAGUGAGAAGAGUCUGAAGACUGAGAAGUUAGCUUUUACUAGAAUGUAGGUGUGACCUUCUGGUAGAAGUGCGUUCUGUUCUGUUGAUUAAACAUUUGGGAAGUUCCUGAGUGUUUG